UUAUGUGCCCGGGCUUGUUCUGGCUUUAAAGGUUUGUUUACCUAGACAUAAAUACACACAUAUAUAUACUGGUAAUAAACACAAACCGUGUUGGCCAUUGACGGCAUACUCGUCACUAUGUAAAGCUUACUUAGUCACGCUGAUUCGCGUUUCAUAAAAAAACAAACUUUAUUUACAAAUAUGAAUUUGUGUGUUCCAAAGUCUACAGAAGUACGACAAGAGGAUUAAACAUGGCGCUGGAAAUCCUCUUUAUUUUACUCAGUCUUGCAUCAGUGAGUUACGGCUGGGAUUACUGUUACUAUAGUUACUACAGCUACAAAUAUCGCAGGCACGAGACCGGAUACAACUACUGUGAUACUUCCUGUUGUGGUUACUCUCAAAACAGAUACUGUUGUUCCUAUGAUGGAACUAAGGCAGGAGCGAUUGUGGGCGGAGUGAUAUGUAUUGCAGUGAUAAUCGGAAUUUUGGCGUGUUGUUUAAAGUCUCAUUACUUCCGAUCGAGGAGGGUGGUACGACCCCUACAAUCCCAGCCCCAAGUUACAUCGGGGAACAUUACAAUCAUUCAGACACCCGGGAUGAUGGCAAUGCCACCACCUUACUCCAGUUACCAGAGCAUGCCUCAUGCCCUACCCACUGGGCCAGCCCCUCCCUAUCGACCUCCAUCCGCGGCCCCUCCUGGUUACGUACUACAAUCCGGUGAUCUAGGGCCUACUGACCCUCCUCCCUACACAGGUCCACCGCCAAAAUACUGAGAAGAUGACGUCACUUUGAUCACUGAAGUUUAAAAGUCAUAAACUGCGGCAAAUUUCCAUCCAGUGGAGUCAAUAUUGGUGCUAGCGUACAUCGCAGUACGUGCCGAAUUAAGUUUAACACUGUUAGAUACGGUGCUAUUGUCCACGGCGGACACUUGGUAAUUUUGAACCUGUAUCAACAAACCCUGUGUAUUUCUUCAUGUUACGAUGAAUUACCUACCGUAGUUUUGUACUUUUCUCCGGCAGGCUUAGCUUCGAAAAUACAUAUAUCAUCAAAGGAAAUUACAGAUUACAGAUAACAGUUGACUAAUCGGCCGCGGUCGUUCCGAAUGCUUAUCCGGGGUUACGUUCGGUUUACGUACAAAGUGGUUUAUGGACAUCAACAAACAAUGUGAUCUACAAACUGAAGUUGUAGGUACGAACAUUUUCAGACAAUUGGAGUAACGCCAAAAUACUUAUCAGAAAAAUCAGAUCCGGAAGAUCAGACGAUUUCUAUACAAUAGAUGUCUGAAAUAAUGGUUUUGUAUCGGUAGGGGAGACAACUCGUUAAGAAUUAAUGGUGAUCAUUGGUUUUCUGUGUUAUGUGCCACAUUAGGAAUAUAGGUCUUUUAUAGGAUUAUCGCAAAUAACAAAACAUCUUUUCAGAUAGACAAUUCAAAUAAACAUGUCUAGAAACCGGGAAUGAGUAAUGAUCACUAUUAUGUAAUUUUGCACUCGGUACAUAUUUUCAGUGUUAUUUCUCGUUUACGAAAAGUGCCGACGAUUCCCGAUUGAUUGUAAGAAUCAUUAGUCAGCGAUUCCGUCCAUAGUCAGAAAAAAACAUGUUAUUUAAUAAGUUUGUUUAUCAAAUUGUUAGAUAUGCAAUAGAUCAUCAAAUAAGAUAUGUUAUCACCUCUCUAACACAUUAAUCAUGGACUUGAGCAAAACUACUUCCUUCGCUCAAGUCCGAAACUGUAGGCGGAGGUUGAAAUUGAUUCAAGAAUCUAUGCAUCAAAUCAUCAUUUUAUAAAUGUUAUAAAAUGUCAUGUUAAAUUGUCAAAGCUGAAUGUUGUGAUAUCCAUUUUCAAAUUAUCAUAUGAUUCUACUUUUAUAAAAAGUUGAUAUUAAAAUGUCAAUUCAUA